UGGUUUAACGCAAAAUCCAUCAAAUGGAAAUUAUAUGCUUGUAAUGGAGAAAUUUGAUAUAGAUUUAAGAAAAUAUUUACAACAAAAUCAUAAUCAACUUACAUGGAAAAAGAGAAUUAAUAUUAUUUAUGAAAUAAUUGUUGCACUUUAUUAUAUUCAUAAAGAGAAAGCAAAUCAUAGAGAUUUACAUUCUGGGAAUAUAUUAUAUUCACAAACAAAUGAUUACUGGUAUAUUAGUGAUCUUGGAUUUUGUGGACCUGCUGAUAAAUCUUCAACAAGUAUAUAUGGAAAUCUUCCUUACAUAGCACCCGAAGUUAUUGUUGGAAGAGAAUAUACUUUUGCAUCAGAUAUUUAUAGUAUUGCAAUUCUUAUGUGGGAAAUUUCAUCUGGACAAACACCAUUUAUAAAUUAUGAACAUGAAAAUGAUAUUGUAAUGAAUAUUAUUAACGGUAUAAGACCAAAAAUUGUGCCAGGAACUCCAUUAGAAUAUAAAAAUUUAAUGAAAGAAUGUUGGGAUGCUGAUCCAUUAAAAAGACCUAAUAUACUUACACUUUGGAACAAAAUAAACAAUAUUAACUUACAUUAUCAAAAUAUGUCAGAUGAAUUAUUCAAAUCAGAAAUGGAUAAUUUAGAAAUGAAUAAAGUAGAAGAAAAUUAUACAAGUAGCAGAUUAUUUACAAGUAAAAUUCACAACUUUGCAAAUCUACCUGAACCAAGAAAUGCAACAGAAGAGGGUUUCAUAGUAAAUUGUAUGAUUUUAACAUUCCUAACAAUAGUGAUAGUGAAAAAUUACCCGAAGAAUUUAUAAAGUUACAAAUAAAUUCAAAUG